AUGGCUGAACUUUUCGACUUCGAGCUUUUGGACUCUGCGGAGGAUUUUGUGAUCCUGGGAGAGGAUCCCAUGGAGCAGGAGGUGGCAGCCGCUGAGACUGCCCAGAUUGCAGCUGAUCAAGAUGAGAUGGCCAUUUUGGCCGACUACGUGAUCCCCGUGACCUGGAGCGGGACUUGGAGCGAUGGUGAGUGGCAUCACCUCUCUCUCCUUGCGGAGGCCCCUGCUGGACUUGCGAGCCCUACCUCGGCUCCUCCUCCUACGGCAUCUUCCGUGGUGGCUGAGGAUCCAACGGCGGUGCCAAGCAGCCGCAAACGCCCCUUGGAUCAGGCGGACGACGCGGGAGUCCCGGCAGGUGCCCCUGGCCCUGAUACUGGGAUUCCGUCAGUGAGUCCCUCUGAAACUGGUGCCUUGGAUGGGGGUGACCAUUCGCGAGACUCGGCAGGUGCUUCACGCCCUGAUACCGAGACUCAACAGGAUGUGUCAUCCUCCCCUGUACCGGCCUCAGGGGCUUUGUCGCUGCUGGGCAAGCAGCUGCCGCCGGUGCCUUCCUCGACCUUGCGGACGAGCCUGGACACUGAGGUACCGAUGGAGCAGCGCUUGCAGGAUCCUGUGACCUACUCCUUCGCCCAGGACGGGAACAUCCUUCUGACCAAUGUCAUGGCUGGCCUUCCCUGCCUCCCAAAGAAACUGGCGCAGCCGCUGCGGAGCAUCCAGGUGGGGGAGAUCGUUGAGCUUUGCCUCAAGUUCGACGUGAACAAGCUCACCCCGCCGGCCUUUGCUCGCAUUGUCGAGGUCUAUGCCAUCGCCAAGGCCAAGCACUUGGCGCAGGAGAUUUGGGAGGCCAAGCACUUGCCCAAAGGGGCGCGCUCCAUGGAGAAGCUGACGGCCCUCCCGGAGGUGGAGGACAAGCUGCCCUACAUGUGCGCCAGCUGCUUCACGAGCUGGAUCUUGCCGCCAGACACAGCCGUAGAGUGGACCGUACCACUCGCAGGUUUUGGGCGCUGGCGCUCAACUGCUGGCGGUUGGGCUGCGCCUCCGGUGUGGACGGCUCCCCAGCCUGGCUUCAUGGAGCUUCAGCACUAUGCCACGAAGCCCCCCUGCACGAGGACCUACCUCACGGCAGACGGGGAAUGUCUGACCGCCCUGAUCAUGGCGGCUCACUACGGGCCAUCCGAGGAGGGGGGAAUCCCCCUGCUGGACCAGUUCAUCCUGGGAGUGGUCCGCUUCCAGGUGGCGUGCAGCGCGAGGUUCAAUGACCUCCAACAUACCUCGACUAGUAGCCUGCAGAUCAGUUCCUCCACCAUUGAACUCAGUGCAUGGCAGACCAAGACAGUGUCCGCCUUCAAGAUGAAGAAGUCCCCAGUUCCUCUCAUUGCACCCAAGUAUUCCUUCACAGGCCACGACUGGUGGACCCCACUCACUAUCACGUGGCGCAAGAUGCACGCACUUGAGGCCUUUGUGGACUCGGACUACCUGAUCCCCACCUUGAGCAAGGAUGGCCUGGGCCUGAUUCCUCGACCCUCCUCACCAGACCGGGCGCUCCGAUGGCUUAAGGCAGCACUGGGACGGCGAGGCCUACGGGGCCCACAAGUGGAGAAACUCUCUUGGCACUCCUUCCGGGUCUUCAUCCCUGAUUGCGCCUUCCAGUUGCACAUUCCUCGGGGCCAACGCCAGUACCUGGGCAACUGGACCACUGAAUCCACAGCGGACAUCUACACCCGGGAGAAGCGCAACGUGGUCACCCGGGUUUGGGAGGCCCAUUCCGAGAGCACGGCCAGCUGGGAGACUCGGUCGCUGAUGCCUCCGGGAAUCGACCCCGCACGGUUGCCACUUAUUGGCGACCACUGGGUGGCAUGCGUCCUGCGGGAUUGGCUGAUUUUCGAAUGCCACCCAGAACGAGUGGAUGCGCUGAGUGCAGGGGUCAAGGCCCUCCUCACACAGAAGGGGACCCCGUACUGGGUGAUGGCCCAGAUGGCCCAGGCGGGCUACACCACCAUGGAGGACCUGAACCUGAACUUUGCAGGCAAUGACUAUGGGAAACGAUUGGAGAGACGAUCACGGGCCUGGCGUGGCCCGGACCAGCCCCUGCUACCCAUGGGCAAGACCACUGGCUUGGACGCGGUUUGUGACCGCAAACAAAUCCUCGUGGAUUGGGACCGCAUCGCCAGCCAGCCACGACCCAAGCACCAGGGCAGUGACAACUUCCUGAAGAAGCAAUUCAAGCUGUGUGCCCAUGGGGAGAUUGGAUUCUUCCUUACCAAGCAAAUCAUCUCAGCGCUUCCAGACACUGAUGAAAAACCCAUUAAGAUCAAACGAAAAGCCACUUUUGACGGAUGGGAACGGGAGGUUGAAGAAGAAGAAAGAGCCUUCCCGAGCACUAAGGAACAGAUCAAGAAGAUGCACAUGGUCUUUCGGAACAACCUGUACAUGUGCCUCAUCAGCUUCCCUCAGCACCCCCAGCUCAACGUGACCAAGCUCGACCUGGAUGACUGGUACGAGUGGUUCUGGGGCAAGGACAUUGCUGAGCGGAAACCCUCCCCCUCUGAAUCCACCCUGGUUUAUGCAGAACGGAAUGCGUGGCGGGAGAUCCACAACAAGGUCUACGAAGGGGCGACGCUGAAAGAUGCCACGCAAGACCUCCGCCAAGACAGCUUGUUCUGGACACGGGAGGUCUACGAACGAUGCCAAACUCGCAGCGUCAAAUCCGGGCGCUCGCCUCCCAAAGGCAAGGGGAAGUCCAAGACGAAAGACAAGGGCAAGGCGAAGUCAUCAUGGCCCUCCACUUGGGCCACGGCGGCGCCCAAUGGCACGCCCUUCUGCCGCGACUUCCAUGUCCGGAAAGCGUGCCAAGGCAGCUGUGGGCGCUCGCACAACUGCCCAGUCAUGAAGGACGGCUGGGUCUGCAAUGCACCCCCAGGGCAGCACAGCCCCGGCAACUGCCCACACAAGGGCACUCGCAUCUGCCCCCUCAGACCUCAGCUCAUCUCCUUCUCUAUGCGGAAGGACGAUGCCACAUCGUUAGACCACUGCAUCCGGCAGCUUUUCCCCGACCUUUCAACAGAGCUCAUCGCCCUGGACAUCAGGCGGGAUGGCAAGGAGGUCGAGCAUGACCUCCUCAGGGACCAACCCUACAGUGACCUGUCCACCGAGCCCUGGAGGGGCAACUUGACGGCGUGGGGGGUGGCCCCAAUUGCCGCACAUGGAGCAUCCUUCGAUGGACCCCCAAGCCGGGAGCACCUCCACCGGUACGUGGCCGCCGGGAACCAAACUGCUGGGGCCUGGACUGCCUCAACACCGCAGACCAGCAACUGGUGGAUGAUGACAGCAUCCUCCUAUUGCGCCAGAUGGUCCUCACACACCUCGCCCACCUGGGCAGGGCGCGGCGACAACGGCCAGCCCCAUGGAACUUCCUGCAGCACCCAGCCAGCGGAUCCACAAGACCAUAGCACAGCACCGAGCGCAUGGAGGUGCAGCUCCAUCUGGGCCACACGAGCGGUACGCACGUGGUAUCGCCUGCUAGGCAACGCACUGGUUACCUUCGACCAAUGCCGGCUUGGCCAGGAAAAGACAACGACGUUGUCUACCAACCUCUUCCUUCGGCACUGGCAUGGCGUGUACUGCGAUCACAAACCGGAGGAGCACCGGCAGAGGAACACCCUCAUGUCAUCCGACCUGAGCAGGUACCCCUGGCACAUGAUGCAGGGCCUGGCGAACGCCAUCCAUGACUACCAGGGCCCCGGCCACCACUGGCGCCCUGCUCCGCAGCUGCUUCAUGCGCUGAUCCCGGACCAGGCACAUGAGGACCAGAAGGGCCCUCCACAGACAGAUGGAGGGACCCACACACAAAGGCGCGGUGAAGUCCUCUCUGGCAAGCCAAACCACCUGAUCCGCACCUUUGCUAAGAUGCUACGACUUCUCUCCCAUGAGCCCUAUACUCAAUCCACUCCUUUUGCGCCCUGGUCGCCCUGGCACGGGGCGAGCGAUGCGAGUGCUUCCACCCAAAAGGAGUACUAUAUCGGAGGCUGGCUUUCCUCUGAUCCCACUCCAGCCAAACGAUCAGUUUUCUGGUUUCACCUCCGUUUGGACGAGGCUUCUUUCCCAUGGCUCUUCAAAACCAAAACUGCCAGCGCCAUGAUCCCAGCCCUUGAGUUACUGGGAUCUCUCAUCCUUAUCACCUUCAUCCUGAAGAUGGGGGAACGCAACCAACUGGCAGUCAAAAUUCCAGUGAUCACGGACAACCAGGGCAACGUCUUCUGCAUGCUGAACAGCAAGACGAGGCAAAUGCCCACUGCGGCCAUUUUGAUGCAACUGGUCCUGACUCUCCACAAAGGGGGCGCGCAGCUUGCCCCACAUCACGUGAAGCGCGACCUCAACCAGUGGGCCGAUGAACUCACUCAUCCGAACCCCACGGGGUUCCAUCCUGAGCGCUACGUCGAUGCGAAGAACAUCCUCUCAGAGUUCACACUGAUGAACUGGGUCCUCAAGGAGAUCUACAAGUACUGA